AUGACCCCAUCCAACGAGCCUCCCGAAGCAUCCAUGCCCAAACCAUACAAUACCGAGGCGGAUAACGAAAGUGUCGAACAGACUUCAGAGCAGAUCAAGGAGUAUCUGGGUCGGUCGCUUGAAGAAACUGGAGCUCGUGAACUCUCGAUCAAGGACGCUUUAUCCCGACCAGAUACCUUUCAGGAGGACAACAUUGUCCGUACUCUGAUCAGUGUCCUCUUGCUAUGUGGAAACCAUCACCUCAUCCUCAUUGGAAAACCCGAGAUCGAUAGCGAGGUCAAUGAUUCGCUCGACCCUUUAGGCAUCCCGGGUGGGCAACAUUUACGACUUAGAGUUCGCCCAUGUUUGGUAGGAGAUGGCUACGUAGUACUCGCUGCGAUGCAUCCAGACGGUACUGCCAAGGUGUAUGACUUGGAAUCACGUAAGGGUCAUGAAAUCGACAUUGCGGACCAAGUGCGAGGCCUCUGCCUAGACUCGGAAGUUGUUGAGCAACACAUCCCGAACCUGUUUAAAGCCAGUAAGCCCGAUGUCGGUCUUUAUUCUGUGACGGUGGCUGCUUUUUUGGCAGCAGACAUGGAUAUUCAAUUCGGCUUCCCGGAUAUGUUUGGAUGGUUAUGGCGAAACCUAUACAGCAAAUUAAUCGGCUCGCAUGAGACAUUCAACGACAACGAAGUUUGGUUGCAUCCGUUCACCUCGGUCGCCGAUUGGACAGAGCACUUCAAGCUGGAUAAUGACGACAAGCCUGCUCUCAUUCGCGAUUUGGAGUCUUCGAAAACCACCAUAGAUAUGGCAGCAUAUCCAAAAGAGUUUCAGACAUGGGCGCAAAAUCUUCGGUCAGAGGCACAGAAUUAUGUGGAUGAGCUACAGGACUUGGCCGAUGGGAUCCAUUGGUUGCACGACUCUUGUAUGCUGCAAGAGGAGAUUCUCACCACCAAGGGUCAGCUCGGCGAGCUUGCCGACUUGGACGAGGAGGCAGACCAGCUCUCUGAUGCCACUGAUAGGCAAUUGAUUCGCGCAAUGAUUGGGGAUUGCAAGGCGGGAAAACAGCAGGCGAUCAGAGAAGCCUUGACCCGAGCCCAGGAGCACAACCUUUGGCCUGUGCCCCAAAGAGAAGGGUUUAAUGUUAUGUCGUCGGUUUGCGACACUAUACGCGGACAUCUUGAAGCUAUCCGCGAAGAUGUCACAUCAAUAUCAGAUUCCUUCGGAAAAACCGCAGAGGUGUUCCGCGACUUUUUUGAUCGGAUAUUGAUAAAUGCAUAG